AAUUUAUUCUUUGAAUUGAAUGGACUAUGGAGUAUGGAGCAAAGUGCCUAACCAUCGAAUAAUGCGUGGAACGUUAAUUUUUAUUUAAAUAAAUACAAAACAGAUAUAUUAUUUUAUAUGUAUUAUGUAAACAUAAAAAAUGUCUGACAUAAAUAUGGAAAAGUUUGCAGUACCAGAUUUUAUCCCGGAACGAUAUGUAAAAGAGUUAGCAAGAUCGUGUGUCGGAGGGGAGGAGUUACAGCAACAAAAGGAGAAAAUUCAAAGUCUUAGCGAAGAAACUGCAAAUGCCCUUAAGAAAAAUGUGUACGAAAACUAUAUGCAGUUUAUUGAAACCGCCACCGAGAUAUCCCACCUUGAAACUGAGAUGUACAAGUUAUCGCACUUAUUGAGUGAUCAAAGAACAGUUCUUACCACUCUCUCGCAGGCAUCAAUACUAGGUAAUGAUAAUUCUCUAUCCCGAGAAUCACUUGACAAACACGAUUUGGAAGCAGAGAAAGUGGAAGAAGAGCGUAGAAAUAAACUUAACUCUAUAAUGGAAAAAGUGGAUGGUUGUGUGAAUCUCUUGGAUGUAGCAGAAAGAACCCUGUUACAUGAAGGAGAUUUAUUAGAAAUUGAUGCUGAAGAAAACACUGCCUUACAAAGGAUGCAUGUAUAUUUAUUUAAUGACUGUUUAAUGUUAACUUCAUGGAUUUCAAAUCGACGAGGUCCCAUGAGAUAUAAGUUUCAAAUUAAUUACCCAAUAAGUACCGUUGCUGUAGUAAAUGUUAGAGAUUUGGGUACAGUGAAACAAGCAUUUAAAGUACUAGCAUUUCCUGACACUAGAGUAUUUCAGUGCAAUAGCUUAACUAUUAAAAAAGACUGGCUUGAUAAGUUUGAAAUAGCUAGAAAGAUGCACAUAGAAAAGGAAUCUUCAAAGUUGAAAAAGAUAGAAAAUCAAGAAAAACCAAAGCCAGAAAUGCUAGAGUCCCCAAGCUUAUCAGUUGAAGAAAUUCCAUCACCAGAUAUAACACCUUUACCUGAUUGGUUAAGUGAUGCUUCGGAGGAACUGGAUGUAUUAAUUGUAGAAAGACAUUUUCAGAAAACUUAUGAUCUCAUGAUGUCUGCCCAAAAAACAUUGAAUACAGAAGAAUUCAAAAAUCAUCCACAACGAACUGAUAUUUUAAAAAAGAUUGAUCAGAAACAGAAACUUUUAACCGAGAUUUUGUUGAAGGAACUAGAUGUGACUCAUAAUUGGAGUCCGAGGGGAGGUCUGAGGUCAUCGAGGCAUCCAGUACAAAUACUCAAUAAAUUUAAUAUGACAAGCCAAUCCUGCCAACUAUUUUUAGAUAUAUGUAGUCACACUGUUAAAGCUCAUGUAAAAGGUGUUCAAUUAGACGGCUCUAUUCUUACUUAUGUAAGACAAGUAGGUGAUGUGUUCUUCUGCUCAUUGAGUGAUGCCUUAACAGAAUUCAUAGUAUUAUUUCCCAAAAAUAAAAUAAGCGCUUUUAUAGUAUGGGCAAGCAUGCAACUAAGGAUCCUAAUGAGUCAAAUUGUUAAACAAAUAUUCACACCCCAGUGUGCUCUGCAAUCACUACUAGAAUGUGUUCAAAGUUUACGAGAUCAAUGUUUGCUAUUUUGUGAAUUUGGUCUAGAUCUAAGGUUUCAAAUGAAUAGCUGCUUGACUAGUCCAAUCAACAAGGCACUAAGAGAAUAUAAGGAAAAAAUUGUUGACACUAUUAGAGUUAAGUUGGCAGACGAUAAGUGGACACCAGUUAAUAUGCAAACAAAAUCAGGUGCUAAUAAAUUACUGUUGCAAAUGGAAGAGUUGGGAUUUAAUUUAACUAAAAAUGUGAUAAACGAGACUUGGAUAGACUUAUCGAGUAGUACUAUUUGGUUUAUGCAAUCUGUUAUGACUGUUCAAAAUGUCGGCCUUAAAAUUGUUACACCCGAUAUGAUGGAUGUUGUCGAUGAAUGUAUAUUUGCUAUAUUCAAUGCUCGCCUGGCAGCUACUGGGUAUGACUCAAGCUAUGCACAGAAAAAUUUAAAGUAUUUAUUAGACACAGUCAUGCCACUUAUGAUUAGAAAAUAUAAAGAUAUUGUUGGCUAUGAUAAUGAGAAGUUAGUUAGCUUGGGUGAAAAGUUUGGUGUUAAAAUUGCUCCUCCAAAGAAAUCUAACAUUGCAAAGUACACUAGCAAUGAAUAUUUAUGAGAUAAGUAUUUACUCUAUAUGUAUAAUAUGCUGAAGCUUUAAUAUUGUAUUAUAUAGGCAUAAGCGAGCAGAAUUUGUAAAAUGUUUAAAACUGAUCAAAUUAAAUUUAUAUUAUGAAAGUUAAAUAAUAACAAAUUUUAAUAAACAGGGGCAUGUUUCAUGUGCUCUCUCUUUAAAACCCAACUUUUAUUUAUUAGUGUUUAUUUAAUUUAGUAUUUAUUUCAUUUGAGUUAAUAGGAAGGUACAUAUAAUUAAAACAAAACUGAAUUAA